GCACCGGGUGACUCCUCCCAUCCCAUCCCUCUGUUGCCCUUCCCGCUCCCGGUCAUGCCGCCGCUCUGAGCCAUGGGCGCCAGCGGCUCCAAGUCCCGGGGCCUCUGGCCUUUUGGCUCGGGUGGGCCAGGCGGCUCCGAGGGGCCGGGCGGGGAACAGGCUCUGGCCCGGGCGCGGGGGCUCUGCUCGGCCACCCCCUUCGUCUUCACCCGCCGCGGCUCCAUGUAUUAUGAUGAGGAUGGUGACCUUGCCCAUGAGUUUUAUGAGGAGACAAUAGUCACCAAGAAUGGGAGGAAGCGUGCCAAGCUGAAAAGAAUCCACAAGAACCUGAUACCUCAGGGCACAGUGAAACUGGAGCACCCUCGGAUUCACGUGGACUUCCCUGUUAUCAUCUGCGAGGUCUGAGCCAUGAGGGCAGUGUGAACAGUUACUGUGUGCUGUAAAUGCACUUUAACUUGCCCAGUUUUACUGUACCUCGUGUAAACCACGCUAGGCAGCCACAUGUCCUUGCAGAGUGAUGGAUCUGGAGCACAGACACAUGGUUGGCUUUGAAGCUACUGUGCUAGGAGAAGGAGGAGGCGACAGCGGCUGCAGCACUGGGGAUGUCUUGGAACUGGAUAGUGAUCAGGAGUAGCACUGGCUAGGGAUGUGUGUUGAGAGGACCUGCGUCAGCGGAGCUAUCUGGCCUUGUUUAGGAGGAUGCUCAAAAUUCCCCUCGCUGAAUCGAGUAAAAUUCUUUUAUCCACCACUAACUGACAUUUAGGUAGCAACAGAUUUCAAGUGUCUCAAGACCAUGGAGAAUCAACCUGCACCCUUUUCUGACCAGAUGUCCUGCUUGUUGAGUACCCCAGUCAGUUUCUACAAAAGUUGACAAUGAAGUUUCAGUUUAUAUGCUGUAGAUGAGUAAAAGUGAGCAGCAAGCUUCUUAUGCCUUUCCCUUCUCCCCUCCCUUCCUCAACAUAACAUAGCUGAAUACCUAAUGCUGUACGGUGUCCUUGUGGGUUGGUGAGAGGUGAUAUCAAAUGCUGCACUUAAGAGGACAGCUGAAGCUUUCUAAGAUGGAUGUAAUCUUGAGGGCUACACUGAAGCAGACGGACGCAGAGGUCUUGCGCUCUCUGUAAUAUCUCCCUGGGGAGUUGCACUAUUUUCAUUUUAUUUUUUGCAGUCUGUGUCUUUUUCAACUUUGUUGCUUGGAAAAUUCCACUGAACUAGUGCCUGUGCUGUAGCACAUCAGUAGAGGCUGUUGGCAGCAGCAAUAUCUGAGCAUGUAGCUUUUCUGUUAAGAUUUACCAAGCAGGCCACCUCUUAGAAAGCAUCUGCCUUGGCAGAUUGUGGUUUCAUUCCAGAGUGGUCUUCUCUCUUCUGAAUCUACAUCCCACUGGUGUGUGGAAUGCAAGGCAGGCUGUGAUCCUCCUGCCUGCUCCAUUCCUAUUGUAGGAAGGCUUUUCUCCUAAAACAAUUAAAAGUUACAGUUCCUUCUUGACCCCUUAGGACAGGUUAUGCUGUCAGCACUCAGGCAACUUCGUUGCUUUUAUCGAGAUGGUUGCCAACCUGCUUUUGAGUCCUUUGGCUGUGCACACAUGCAUACAGCCCCCCGGCAGAAAGUCUUUUUGACUCCUUGGAUUGGACCAGGUCUAACAUGAGGCAAUGCAGCACCUUUCCAAGGAAGGCUGGGUCUCCUCUUUUUGAAGGACUCUCCCCUCUCCCCCAGUAUGUUGAGUGUUAAAUGUUUGGUUGUUAGGGCCACUUCUUUUGGCCAGAAUGGCAUUGGUCGCUGUGUCAGUACUGAAGCGGUACACUUGCCUCUUCAUCAUCCCACGUUUCUUGCUUCGAUGAUGUAGAGCUCUCUGCUACUGAGCCCUGAACAAGCAAAAUCCUCUCAGAGGCACCUUGUCUUUGAAGAGGGUUUCAUAUGCAAGCCUGCCUGCCUGCCUUUUCUACCAACCCCACAGAAUUUUUUGUACAAAGCUUUAAAACUGGAUUGUAGAUGGGUUAGCUGUAGGAGUUGGUUCAUUGCCCGUCACAUUUACUUCCCCAGAGCAUGUCAUUGCCUUUCUGAGCACUUCAGGCGUUUGCUACCUCAACGUUUCAUUUAAUCAGCUGGUAUACAGUUAUGCCAGCCAAAUCAAUACGACUGUGUUGUGCGUGUCUCCAUCUCUGCAGCUGCAAGGGAAUCCUCCUUAAACAUUAGGAACGAGAUUAGGAAAGGUGUGGAGAGUGUGUAGCCAUGUUGUCAGAGGCCUUUUCACUGGCUGUCACCUUUGCUCCUUUCAGCUCCUACAGCUGUACGUUAGGAUUGACACCCCACCCACCCCAGAGCAUAGGAAGCAUGGUGUUCCCUGGUGGCUUCCCAAGUUGCAACUGCUUUGCCAUGCUGAUCUCAUUAUGAACCUACAGUUCAAGGACCAUAGUUACCCAUACAUGGAGAGCACAUAGCUUGCUGACAUUGGGCUUAUGUCAUAUUUCCAUCCUCUUGCCCCACCCACUCUGUCCACUUCGUGCACUGGAGCUUAUCUUUUGGUUUGGUUUCAUCUCGAUGAUGAUGGGAAGCUGACAUCUUCAUCCUUAAUCAAGGACGGAUGUUUCCACUGCCAUGAAUCAAGAGCAUACUGGGGAUAGAGGUGUGUUUGCAACAGUCCUUGGCAAACAGAGCUCCAUCUCAGCAUCCUUGUGCAUAAUAAGUUAGAGGCUCAAAUCAAGGCGCUGAGACAUGCUUAUUCUUGAAUAGUAUAGUUUAGAACAGGAGACUGCCUGUCAAAAAGCUUGCUGUCUGUGGCGAUCAUCUCUUAUAAGGGACUUAAGUCAUGAGAGAGACUGGGGCGGAAAGGCUUGUUGGUAAUACCCCUUCCUAAAAUAUCUGAUUUAUGUUCUUUCAUUGACGAUUUUGUUUCUGAGCAAGCAAAUACCUGUGAUCAGAAAAGUACAGUGCAACGUUGGCUUUCAUUUCCCUUGCCACUUCGAGUGCUUGUGCGCAUCCUGCUGUGGGGACCUCCCUCCCACUCGAAGCUCAGUGGAGCCUCUCCCCAAAAGGAAGCUUCAUUUCUGCCUAGCUUGAACUCUUCUAAGAUGCAGCAGCCUCUCUGGAGCUACUGGCAGCUGCUUUCAGUCCAUUUCUCUAAGAGGCUGGCUUGCCUGCUGGGACUGCAGCUGUGCAAUUAGACGGCUUGGAUGCUAUGAUCCCAUCGACGCUGCCCCCGCCCGUCCCGGUCGUGCUUUCCGGCAGCCCUGCUUCUCUUGAGAGCAGUAGUUGUUGGCAGGAAGGGGGCUCGUGGAGGCUGCUUUAUACAGGAUGAUGAUAAUGUGAAAGUUGGUGAGAUAUAUAAACCUAUUUAUAUAUUAUCACUAUUGCUGGAACAAGCAAAAAGUUCUAUUUCCUUUUUUUUUUAAUGACUCUUCUGUGCAAAUGUGUGGUUGUGUAAAAGACCUGAACCCACUAGCACUACACUUCCUGUUCCUGUAGCAUAUGGAUAAGGAACCCUAAAGGCAAAUGUGUACAAUAUUUAUGGUCCGUCUCCUCUGCCUUGAAGUGCAUUUGUCGAAUUUUGUUAAAUUUCAAUAAAACUAUUUGUAAGUCCCAGAA